GUAACGCAUGUCGGAAGUGCAGGUGCAUCAGCAUCACAACAAAAGCGAGACAGGCUGGCUGGUAACGGGGAAGCGAUUUGAUCCAGUUCACAUUUCAGAUAGCAUCUGUCAUUAUUUAUUAACGUUGUUCAUUCCACACUCGGUAACAUCGCAAUGGCUUUGAAUAAGAACAAUUCUGAAUCCGGAGGCGUCAUUAUCACCAACAAUGAAAGUGUGUUGAUGAGCUAUGAGAAUGUGGAGCUGGUCUUCUGUGAAGCAGAGUGCCUGCCUGAUGCCUUCAGGAAGAGUAAGAAGGGGAGUAUCUUCCUGACCCCCUACAGGGUGAUAUUUGUUGCAAAGGGCAGUCGUGAUGCUCUGCAGUCCUUCAUGAUGCCUUUCUACCUGAUGAAGGGAUGUGAGGUCAAACAGCCUGUCCUGGGGGCCAACUACAUCAAAGGCACAGUCAGCGCAGAGCCCGGAGGAGGCUGGGAGGGCUGUGCCACCUUUAAGCUGGUUUUUGCUGCAGGAGGAGCCAUAGAGUUUGGACAGUACAUGUUACAGGUCGCUGCACAAGCAUCCAGGGGGCAGCCUGUGAGUGGUGGCUUUGGGGGCUGUCCCUACAUGGGCAAUGGGGCCUAUGCCUACCCUCCUCCCCCAGCCAAUGGGUACCCGGCGGGACCCCCACCCGGGUACUCCUACCCCAACCCCCCUCCACAAGGUGUAUUCUACCCCAACCCACCAGCGUUUGAUGGUCCUGCGGCCUACAUGCCCCCUCCUCCCUACUCCGCCCCCCUGGGACAGCAGGCCCCCCACGACCCUGCCCUGCCUUCCACACCUGCAGCGGAGGCAAAGGCAGCAGAGGCAGCAACCAGUGGCAGCUGUUCCACACUUCCUCCCACCUACUUGCCACAGGACAACCCACCCCCCUACUCCCCUACUGAAGACAAGAAGACCAAGUAGAGAGACUGUAUCUCAGCUCCCACCCCUCCUUCACACGGCCUGUACCACCCCCCUAUCUCUCCAUCCGUAUGAUGUCUUUGUUCCUCCUUUCUCUUCCACAAACCCCUCCUUUUGGUCUCUCUCCUCUCGGUCUACCUUGCUCCCUUUUUAAGUCUCUCCCCCUCCCCCCUCCUCCCCUCUGGCCAGUCUCUUAACUCACAACCAGCUAGCUAUGUUAGCUCCACUCUCCCCAGCUCGUGUACAGGCAGUUACCUUCUGAGUUCCACUAAACAGUUCUCUCCACCUGACUUUAACUAAACAGUGUUACUUACAGCUUUUCUAGUGGUUGAUGAUAUGAUUGUAGCUUGUUUGAGCCAAAGAUGUCAGGAAAAAGGGGAAUAUUAAGUUAAGACAGAGGUGUUUUUGACUGAGGUUUUAGUAGUAUUCUUGGGUACCUGCCUUUUUCUGCAUUGCCAAACACUACAUUUUCUUGCCAGAUCGGAAAACGGCAAGUUGGCUAAAGCAGAUACGGACAGGCAUGCAGGCUCAAGGUUUAGCAGGUCGUUUUGGUGAGAACCUGGUUUAUUUAAUAAGACCGUUGAUGACUAAUUGAACUGGACUGAAUUAAGUGAUUUCUCAGCUAUCCAGGGGCUAGUGAAAGGCUGUAUAUUGUUGAUUUAGUUUAUUAUUUGUCUGUACAUGCUUUUAAUGUGACACCUUUUAAUGAGAGGAUAGCAGUAGAUCAUUAGACCAGGUCUUUGUUGAAAUUUUACAUAUCUUACAUUUUACAUUUACAUUUAAGUCAUUUAGCAGACGCUCUUAUCCAGAGCGACUUACAAUAUCUGAAAUGACACCCUUCUAUAAAGGGAAUAUAGUGUAAUUUGAGACUUUCCCGUUGUGUUGAUAGGAACCAAAAUGUUCAGUAUAGUGGACAGCUAGCUAGAACACUAAGAAUCCCUGAUCCUAGUUGAACUAUCAAACUACAUGGAAAGAUGAUCUUAGCUAUCUGCGACUUCCUGUGUGUGUGUAUAUAGAGCAGUUGCCCUAUGAUGUCAUGUCCUGUGUCACUCUUCUGAACAUUCUAGAACUCACCACAUCACAUCAAGGAAUUAAACAAAUGAAAUAGUUCCUUGCAUCACAUCACCCUGCGUUGUUCUGGACUAACAGAUUAGAUCAAUAGUCACUUCUCUCACAUCUAACAACACUGAUGGCUAUCAACUUCUCUUGUGGUGUGUCCUUUACUGACAUGUUUGAGGUCAGUCUCCUGAAUCUGAUCUGAGCACCUUAAUAUUUGGGCAUCUCUUUUUCUCUCUGGCACAAUGCAGCUGGCAGAUUCUUUGCACUUUCAGAAUGCUAUGCAUCGGGCCUCUUCGCGCCUGCCAUGGCUAUGUGUAUAGUAAAAAAAAAAUCGGAUAUGGCUAUAUUUAUUUCAAGUUCCCACUAAUUUAUUGAUUAAUUCAUUUGAAAUGGUCAAAUAUAUUAUUAAAAAGACCAAAGCAUGGGCUCAAUUGUAACUAAUAUGGAUUGGAUUUUUAUUAAACUGAUCUUGUGAUGUGAA